CCUGUAACAUGUCUUUGUUGUUUUUUGACGGCGCCGCUCGAAAGUAUAAGAAGCAAAACCACGAAUGCAAGUCAUUGGACUCACUACAUUGCUGAGAUUAUUAUUGAUGUGAAACCACGGACGGAAAAAUUGUCGAGAUCGAUUUUUUGCAAUUACUUAAAACCAGGAACACUCAGCUUUGGGAGUAUUUGUUCACUAGAAGCGAUCGUAGGCAGUGGGUGACAGGCCAAGGUGCAUGAGGCAUGAGGAGCUCCACCUUCCAUCUCGUGUGGGUAAUGUUCGUCAUCGUGUGUACAGCGCCGCGUCGGUCCAUGCUGAUGCCAGGAGGACCUGGACCGGCCAUGCAAUAUCAAAUCACCAGUGCUCGGCUUGUUGGGCCACAGCUCAGUCGAGACCAUGCCCACUCCGGUCGAGUGCAAGUCCAAAUAGACGGCACAACCUGGCUUGAUGUCUGCGAGAACAUGUGGGAUGAUGGGGAUGGUGAAGUGGCCUGCCGACAGGUUGGAUAUGCUGGGUUGUUGGACAGCAUGAGAGGCAUUAGAAUUGAUGAGGCUAACCAAACUUCAGAAUCAGUCCGCGAUUUUAGAUGUGCUGGAGAGGAAUCUUCACUUGCACAGUGUGACCACAACAAACGGGGGAGAUGCAUGAACGGAGCAGGGAUUACAUGCUACGAAAUCACCAGUGUUCGGCUUGUCGGGCCACAGCUUCGAGAUCAGCCCCACUCCGGUCGGGUGCAGGUCCAAAUAGACAGCACAACCUGGCUUGAUGUGUGCGAAAACAUGUGGGAUGAUGAGGACGGUGAAGUGGUCUGCCGACAGGUUGGAUAUGCUGGGUUGUUGAACAGCAUGAGAGGCAUUGGAAUCGAUGCGAAUAAUCGAACUUCAGAAUCAGUCCGCGAUUUCAGAUGUGAUGGAGAGGAAUCUUCACUUGCACAGUGUGAUCACAACAAACGGCGGGGAUGCAUGAAUGGAGCAGGCGUUAUAUGCUACGAUAUCGGGCAAGAAACGGAGGCAACCACGAUAGAAAGGGUAGUAACUCCUGAGCAGACGACUCCAGGUCCGGCAAACACCUCACCGGUGACGAGCUCAAUGUGGACCGUGACCGAGAGGCCCGAGAACCCUGGACUGACGCAAUCGGCCACUGACGGACACGGCAUGACAACGAAAUUAGCCACGACAGAUACUGGUGGAUUAGACAGUCAACGUGAAUCAAAGCCAGGAAAAUAUAUUGGACUAGCAUUAGGAUGUACGGUGUUCAUCGUGUGCGCAUGCUUCAUGGUAGUGUGCCUUCUGAGAAGGUACAGACAAAGGAAACUUCCCGUGGCGACAACGGACUUGCAACUGUCUGUGGGUUUCGAACAAUGUAGAUCCGACAACGAGAAGGUACUGGGCUUGGCGGUCCCUUGUCCAUCACCAGUCGAACAUUCACUAAAACAGCCAGCUUCAGCUCCGCCGGUGUCAAGGAAUGAGUCUGCCAGCAAAAUAUCGGUUUACCUAGAACUCAACGGUGAGAUGGCUUCAGGGAAAAGGUCAUCGACAGAGGGAAAACAAAACACAGCAAGAGCGUCAUGCUUCACGACGAAGCAAUCCGAGUCGGAUGCAAUGGAAACGAACCAGGUGUUGAGCUGCGGCACAGACUAUUUUACUGUCGAAGACAAGGGCGACUUGACAGGCAACGGCCAGUACACCACGGGGGUGGUCGGGGACAAAGCCACAUCACAGGCAGUUGAUGCGCCAUCGCGGGAUUCGGGUCUUCCGGGGGAAGAUGACGUCGAUGACCACGAGUACACGUACGCAGAUCCCAUUUCAGGUUCCACUGCACACGCAGAGGGGGAACCAGGAAGCCAUAACGUUUUACAUCCUCCCGUGUACACGUACGCAGACGUGCCUCGGCUGGGCGCCCCUGCAACCGGCAUCGACCGGCCACCUAACGCCGAUUAUUUCAUGAUCGAGGAACAAGAAAACUCCAUGGGCGCCCCGCUCUACAACGCCGGCGAGGCACGUCCCACUAUUUCUACGAAGGAAACCAAGAAUGCUGGCUGUCAACCGGCGGCAAUGAACAGGGAAACCGAGUACGCCACCGCAGACGAUUCAAAUCUCUGCACUGGUUCCGCUGAAGAAACCGAAGGAUGGGUAGAGAAUAUCGUGUAUGUUCCCGGGCCUCCUGAAUAGUUUCUUAAAGAACAAUCUAUCCUGGAUUUGUAAGUGUGCAUACUUACGUACCGUAACUGUCGACAAGUAGUCCUUGAUAAUAGUUGGUUGGCUAUAUGUAGAAAACAAUGUUCAUUAGGCACAUUAAUUGUUCCUUAUAUGUUGUUCCAAAUGUUCCAAAACCUAUCUCUGCUUGCUCAGGCGAACAUUGGACCGGCAUUGGAGUCUGUCUCUCCCUAACAAUGUGCAAGCGUUAUACAAUCCUCUCGAAGAAGCUUACAUGUAGUCAUACGUAGUUUUGACUGUGACACGUCGUUACUCAUAUUCAACAUUGGUUGCACUUCUUUCCGUUCUCUCUGUCGCUGUCAUUCUACACAACUAUUUUCAUAACAUUGGUUUCCUCUGUAAACUGAUUUGAAAUCGAGGUUUCUCGAGAACCCUCGCGACUCGUCCUCCCAGAAGUUGGUUAGCCAACUGCACCCAUCCAAUGCCUCAGCAAAGUUCUUUAACCACAGUUUCCAUAUGUUCACUGGUGGAAUACUAGUAUAUGUUUUACAUCUAAACAUGCUUUAAUCUCUUAAUCAAUUCAGUGUAUAGCAUAUACUACUGUACAAUAAAUAUUGGACUUUUAUAUGUACGUUUUAUAAUUUUUUCUUGGUCGUACCAACUCGAGGCAAGUCUAAACGUCAAUUGUGUACCAUCUGGACGGUUUCAUAUCGAAAAAAUAUUAUCACUUUUGACUGUGGACCAUUCAAAUUAUAAGUCGUUAAUAAUGGUACAUCCUGCAGAACCACAGUCCUUCCUAUAAGCAAGAAAGGAUAGGUGAGAUAAUAUAGUAAAGGGAAAGGAACACUAUACUUCGGUUAUCAGUUCAUUUUUCCGAAACUUUGUUUCACGCUAUAAAUAGCCUAUUACCCGAGUAUGGACGUUCUAGAACGGGAGGGGCUAUUUGCUUCACUGGUAAUUUUUCAUUUGAAUGACUACUGACUUUAAGAUCUGCUACCCGAUAAAGCAAUUUGCAUUUGUGACGUAAACAAAAGUCUCCCCAACACAUGGUCGCAAUUCUCCUUUGCUCAUCGCACUGUACAUUCGCGAUCUUUGCCUUGACUGCAAGGGCGAUACUGGUAUUAAAGCGUCUGCAAGAAUGAGGUUGGGGUCAGACACUUUGAAGUCCAAGUUCACGUGAAAACACGAAUCAUGCACAUAGAGGGUACUUUAUUCACUGGAGUACGUUAUUGGGCUUAUAUUAAUAUAUUAAUGCGUGCAGCGAGUCCAUUGCAUUUUGAAGCAGUAAUUAUAGGUCGAUGACUACUUGUAGCCAGUCUGUUGACACGCUAUAUCAAUGCAUUGGUAAUUGAUGCAUAUAGGGUAAUGGACAUGCCAGCUCGCUAUUCCUGUUUGAUAGGGAAAUAAGUCACGGAAACGACAGUUUCCAAACCACAGAGGUUGGCACAUGUUGUUUACGUUACGGAAGAUAUGCGCAAAGACAAUGAUGACAAUAAAGAGGUCCCAUUAUCUAAUAUCCAAAACAUCGACAGAAGUUUGUGGUUUAUCUUAGGAUUGAAUCUGGACA